AUGGAUCUUCAUGCUCUUGGAGUCUCUUACAAGAUCAAGAGGCUGAAGCAGCAACUACUUAUGCUUGAAAGGUUGACAGGAAAGCAAGAAAGUUAUGAAGAUAGUGAAAGCAACGAUUAUGGGCACAUUGGGAUGAGAGGAUUCUAUACACUAAUGUCUUUGCUGAAUAAACAAGUCAGCCGGUAUCAGUCCCUCCAAGGAAAGACUGAUGAGCUUUGCAAGCGGAUGCAUGAGAAUGAUCUGGAUGUGAACCGUGGAGGUUCCAGUAUUGCAAGGAAAAAGGAAGAAACUAAAAUUCUGGAGCACUUUCUUGAGGAAACAUUUCAGUUGCAAAGAUAUAUAGUUGCAACAGGUCAGAAAUGGGCAGAAAUACAAUCCAAGAUUGCUUCUGGGUUUGUUGGGGUUACAGAAGAGCUUGACAAGCCUGCCAACUUUGACAUGACGCGUUUUGCUGAUAAUAUUAGAACACUCUUCAGAGAAGUUCAAAGGGGUAUUGACGUUCGGAUAGCUCGAAUAAUUGGGGAUCUCGAGGGGACCCUGGCCCGUGAAGGGAUGAUGCAUCUGAGGAAAUAA